AUGCCCGCGCGCGUGCAUGACCCCGCGCGCGGCACCGUGACCGAGGACGAGGACGCGCGCGACGUCGACGAUGCGAUGGGACGAUUGAUUCAAACCAUGAUCGCGCGAUCGCGCGAUGACGAUGGAUCGAUCGACGGCGUCGUCGACCCCGCGGACGUCGCUCGAGCGCGGGCGAUGACGUCGAUGGUGGCCGUGACGUUGCCGCGCGUGCUCGAGACGAUCGCGCGGGUGACGGUGGGGGCGAUGGAGACGCGGGCGGGGGAGACGCGGGAGGCGCUCGCGCGCGCGCUCGAGACGUCGCGACGGCGAUGCGAGGCGUUGGAGACGCGGUUGCGUGACGCCGAGGACGCGUUGGAUGGUGUGCGGGAGCGAUUGGGACGGGAGAUGUUGCGACGGGGGGGGGAUGAGGAUGAACACGGGGAGGGGGCGACGCGGGAAUCGUUACGGAACGAACUCGAGUUGUAUCGCGAGGCGUGUCGACGCUAUCGUAAACGCGCGGAACAUUUCG